CCCACGCCUUAGCUCCGUCAUGCGGCUGCCGGCGGCCCGACGAGAUGAACCUGCUCCUGCUCCUCGCGUGCCUCGCCAGCGCGGCCUGCGCAGACAUCGCCAACUCCACCGAUGUCUCCACCACCGAACCACCAGACGCAACCAAUUCCACCAAAGAAAUUCUCAAGGCCAGUGAAACGGGCGAUCCGACCAAAACUGAAAUAGUAAAACAAAUCCGCCGUUUAAACGAAGACGGGUCCUACACCAUCGGGUACGAGGCCAACGAUGGAACGUUCAAAAUAGAGAGCCGUGAUGUUCUGGGAAACGUUAAAGGGACUUUUGGAUAUCUCGACGAAGGUGGGGAAAUUAAGCGGGUCACUUAUUCUUCGUCUGGAGACAGUACCCCGGUCCCUGUUACGACUAACACGACGCCGAGUCCACCGACAAUGGUCGUGAGGGUGAACAAAACGGUAUCGUCGACGACCAGGCGACCUCUGGCUACCGUGGUGUAUCCGACGCGAGGCAGCGCUACAACCAGGGGUACGGUGAUACAAGCGAUACCGCGGCGCAGACCUAGCUUGAUGCGGUCCCCGAUCGAGACGUCUACCGAAAACCAAAAGCUCGAAGAAACUACAUCCAGCUCUCAAAACCAUUAUCGGAAGGAAGACAUCAUGAAAACUCGGAUGCAUUCCUCCAAGACAGUGCCUGUGACAGUGAAAGACGACUUAGUUACUAAACAAACCACAACAACACCACAAACGUUAAAACCAGUGUAUGAGCAUCACAAUGAAAAACAACCCGAGGAACCUAAGUCUAAUGCCAUCCGACGUGAGCUAUCUGGAACGAGUUCCAAUCAUCACAUGGUAAGUCUACAGCAGUCUAUGGGAGACGAUUCGACUGAUGUAUACGGAAGUCAUCUGUCGCACGGAACUUUGCGUCCCCUGUUCACUACGACGACGAUUAGACCUAGACUCAUACACUCGUUGUUAGCGGCGAGGCAGAAAAUACAACAGCAAUAUCAUGACACGCAGCUGGAAGACCAGGAAACGACUUUAGAAGCGAGCACAGGCCGCGUUUAUCAACACGAAAGUGUGGUGACACCGAAUCCAGUGCCAGUGAUUCAUAUACCAGCCCACAGGCCCGAGGAAGAACGAGUUUACGAGCAGCCCGUGUACCAACGACCUUCGACUAUUCAAUUCAGAACGCAGGAAUACUUGAGAGACAAUCCCGGAGCGCCCAUACCGAUAGGCAACCAGCGGCCCUUUCUCCACUACGAAUACCAAGACAAAGUAUUGGAACCUCAGUACGGAAAGGAGCAUCAGCCGAAAGCGUCCGAGGCGUCAGCCGUACCGUACGAAAUAAGGCCAGUCACGAGAGUCGUCCAAAUUCCAGUAGACGAAAGAGGUGUUCCGCUCCAGGGCUACGAAGCGAGAUACGUGAACCCCUACCGAAGUCAGCCGCUGUUCCAGAGAUACGAACCGAUCGACGAAAUGCAGACCAUCUCAGCUCCAGUAAGUACGAGAGAUUUUAAGCGGUUGCUUCACAUUUUGAUACUAAGGCAGAAUCGUUUGCAAAGUCUGAUGGAUCAGUUGAUGCCGGGGCCGCCGUACCAGCCUUACCGCCGCGAGUCUUACCAGUCGCGGCAUUAUCAAGACGAUGAUCGUUACGAUUACAGAUACGAACCGCGGUACAGGCAAGACGUGUACUCCAACCAAGUGCAAUAUGACGACCAGUACGAGAGCCAAAGAUACACGCCUCGACGGAGAUACACCCGUCCGUACGAUUCGCAAAGCUCCGCAUCCAACCACAUCGAUGAAAUACCCGAAUAUCUUCCAGUAGAGAUCAGAGAAGCAUUGCUUCUGAAAAUGCUUCUGCUCGCCAUCAACCCCGACUACGUGCCAACCCCUGCGCCGGCCACAGAGCUCACGACCGCAGCGCCGCCGCGGAAACAGGUGAGAAACGUCCAAAUACUCGGAGAAGAAGCUUCAACAAACACAAAAGCACCACAGAGCAGACAUUGAGUAGUUAAAUAUAUUUAUUAGUAGAACAGGUCAAGUGAUAGUUAUAAGGAACACAAUACUCGAUGGUAUUAAUAUUUUUACGCUACGCUAAUGUAUAUAGUUUUGAUACAUAGUUUGUAGAACUGUUUUAAUUAUUUAGAUAAAAAAUUCCACUUUAAAAA